GUGACUCAACAGGUCACCUGGUCUUUUUGCCAUGCCAGCUGCAGUGAGCUGGCUUCAUUUCUGCCAGGAAAUGUGGAAACCCAGGGCAGAGGAGCACUGCCAGCUCACACAUGCGUUUAUACGGCAAAGAAAUACAUCAGUUUUUUGGUGAAUUCAGGCUCUCAGCCUCAUCCCUUUUUAUCUCCACUGUACAAGUGGACUGGACAGUGACUCCAGCACUUCACAUGCGCAUUGCACCCCUUUCUGCAGACUCCUGACUCCUGUGUGCAAACAGCUCCUCACUCAGCUUGCAGGGGAACACCCAGCAUGUCUCACAGCAUCGUUCUGCACUGCAGCAGCACUUCACCUUACAGGUUCAGAACAUCAAUAUGGAAAACUGUGUUGAUGUCAAUAUAGAAACGAAGGGGGAAAGAAUGCCAAUGAAGCAAAAUCCACUGAGCACAGGUGGGAAAAGUUUCUGCAGAGCUGUGGGUUACCUCACUGGAGACAUGAAGGAUUUUGGAACCUGGCUGAAAGACAAACCUCUCACGGUCCAGCUCCUUGACUGGGUGCUGCGUGGGAUAUCCCAGGUGAUGUUUGUCAACAAUCCCCUCAGUGGGCUGGUCAUUCUGGCCGGUCUCCUGCUGCAGAACCCGUGGUGGACACUCACGGGAUGUGUGGGAACAGUUGUCUCAACUUUAACAGCACUUAUUCUGGGUCAGGACAGAUCAGCCAUAGCAGCAGGCCUGUAUGGAUACAAUGGGGUCUUGGUGGGACUGCUGAUGGCUGUCUUCUCUGCUGAUGGAGACUACAACUGGUGGCUCCUCCUGCCCGUGGCACUGGUGUCCAUGACCUGCCCUAUUUUUACCAGUGCCUUAAGUGCAGUUUUCUCUAAGUGGGACCUGCCUGUUCUCACCUUGCCUUUCAACUUGGCCUUGACCCUCUACCUGGCUGCUUCAGGACCACACAGCCUCUUCUUCCCUACAACUGUCAUUCAUCCUGCAACAGCAACACCGAAUGUCACCUGGGCAGAGGUGGAAAUGACAAUGCUUCUGCAAUCCAUUCCAGUCGGCGUGGGCCAGGUUUAUGGUUGUGACAAUCCCUGGACUGGCGGAAUUUUCCUGAUUGGGUUAUUUAUCUCCUCUCCACUUAUUUGUGUCCACACAGUGAUCGGCUCAGCAGUGGGGAUGCUGGCAGGGCUGAGCUUAGCAAUGCCAUUUAACCAAAUCUACUCGGGGCUGUGGGGCUACAACAGCUCCCUGUCCUGCGCUGCCAUUGGGGGCAUGUUCUUGGCUCUCACCUGGCAGACACACCUCCUGGCCAUGGCCUGCGCACUCUUCAGUGCCUACCUGGGAGCAGCAAUGACCCACAUGUUGUCUGUGUUUGGGGUGCCAUCUGGAACCUGGCCUUUUUGCUUGUCUGCACUGACCUUCCUGCUGAUGACCACAAGCCACUCUGCGAUCUGCAGGCUGCCACUCUCCAAAGUCACCUACCCAGAAGCCAACCGAGCUUAUUAUCUGAUGAUGAAGAAACAUGAGAGGUCUUGCUGUGAGGCAUAGACCCAAGAAGAGAGAAACUCAGCAGAUUUUAAGGCAAGAGCAUGAGGUGUUUGCCCAACAGACCAUGAUUUGUGUGCUACAAUGUCCAACACUACCACCCUCUGCGUGGACAGACUUUUCCCACCACACGUGCUUGUUCUAUUAACAAGAUUUCUAUUAGGUAGGACUGGGCUGUGCUGGAAGGACCUUUCCCAAGAUCAACCUGGUAUGAUUUUAAAGCACACAUGUCUGAAACAACACUUGAAUUAUAAGCAAUGGGAAAAUGACUUGUAAGCUGAAAAGAAAAAUCUCUAUGAAAUUGAAGAUGCCGAAAUCACACGUAAAGAAAUAAAGAGCAUCUUUCAGCAUAUAAGAGAACUUUAAAUUAACGGCUAAACAUCUUAUAACAGCAAGACGAGGCAUGUUAGAGAGUUUCAUUGUAGCAUAAAAUUGAAUAAAGAGCACUCCUUGCCAAAUAGAAAAUAAGUUGUGAAGAAUUCUACCUGGAGCACCUCCCAAACCCCAUGGAGAGAGAUGUUCAUUAGCAAUCAACAAACAUAAGACAGACUUGAUUUUUGUGAUUUUUGUGUUAAUCUCAUUAUUUCUUUUAAUAUUCGAAUCUGGUGAUGGGUUAGCAAAGGAGGGGACAUCAAGAAAGUCAUUGCUGUCCCUUUCCUAUACAAUAAAAUGGCUCUGUUCAGUCAAUGCACAAAAAUAGAACUAAAUUGAACUGAUCUUCUGGACUUCUCUCCCUCCACUCAUCCCAGGAAUAUCAAACAGCAAAAUGUUGCACUGUCCCAGCCUGCUGCUGAAGCUCAGGAGGCUCAGACGGGACCUUCUGGCUCUGCACGACUCCUGACAGGAGGGGACAGCCAGGGGACAGCUUCAAGGAAGCAGGGACAGGAGGAGAGGAACUGGCCUCAAAUUGUGCCAGGGGAGGUUUCAAUUGGAUUGGAUUAUUUGGGAUUAUCUCCUCACAUAAAUGGCUAUCAAGCCUAGGAACAGGUUGUUUGGGGCAGCAGUGGCAUCCCCAUCCCUGGAGGGUUUUAAAGGCCUUGUGAGUGUGACACAUGGGGACAUGGGACAUGGGUCAGUGGCAUCAAUUCCAUGAUUCUGUGAAGCUGCUGCUCUGCCAUUUCUCUCUGCCCCACAGUGGGAACGGGACAUUUGAGGACCCUUCCAUUUUGGCAGUCCAGCAGAGCUCUGCAGGACACCAGCCAUGUGCCACCUCUGCCCAGGCUCCCUGGGUGUGCAGGCAGGGAAGAGGGAAGCUGUCCUUGCACUCAGCAGUGUGGGUGACCUCAACAGGCAUUGACUCAGUCCCUCAAUCUUUCAGCCUGGCUCACUGACAUACUCUGUCUCAUGUUGAAGCUCAUAUCUUCACUGAAAAUAUUCCAUGUGCUCAAGUUCUUCAGCUGACACAGCCUACAUGCAUUAACGGCACACCAGGAAAAGCAAAUAAAAACCUGUAUUCCUUGUAGCAGAUGAAAUAAAAUCAAGCAUGAGUUUGGUGUUUGGAAAGGGGGGAAAAAAACCCAAACCGGGUAUUUUUGCAAACAUCACAAAGGCCUGACUGUAAAACAUUUGUGAUGAACUGUUGGCAGUAUCUUCUGGUGAAGUUUUAGGUUUCCAGAUGUUGAACAAUAUUUCUGUAUGACUGAUACUCACUUGUAAAAUGUAGCAUUUCCAUGAUUUACUUAAUAAAUAUCCACAUAAUGUUCUGUGGAGUUAAUUUCUAAAACAAA